UAAACACAGUGUUGUAGGUGUGAACACGAAAUUACUGUGACCAUGGCACACACCGUCAUAUCUCCUUUAUAUCCUCCACAGAUAGACACAACACGGACUCCAUAUGCAUUUGGUGAUAGAGCUUUACCGAGACUCAACCGCGAAUUAAAUGACACCAACUUACUUACAAGACAGAGGGCUGUUAUGUCACUAUGUGAUUUUUUACAUGACCCCGAACACAUUGCAGAAGCACUCCGAUGUGGGAUUGCCGAGAGUUUGAAAAAGCUACUAACAGAUGAGGAUAUCACUGUGAGACAAAAGGCUACAGAAUCUCUUUAUGUGAUUGGUGGUCAUGCCAUUGGACGAGAUGCCUUUCUUGAUCAUGAAAUUAUUAUCCCUAUAUCAAAGUUGUUUGAUGAUAAAGAAGAUGUAGCAAGAAAAAAUGCACAUUUGGCCAUUCAAAUUAUAUCAGAAACACCCCCAGGAGCAGAAGGAAUAGUGACAGCCAAAUUAAUUCCAAUUUUAGUGAAGAAAUUAUCUCUUGAAUUAGAACAGAUUAAGGUUUGUAUACUAGACACUUUGCACUACUGUAUGAGGGUGGAUACAGAAGAAGCGCUGAAGGCCAAUGCUAUGGAAACAUUCACAAAGCUUGCUGACCACCACUCACCAGUAAUCCGAGCCAAAGCUGCCAGAGACAUUAUGGAUCUGAGUGUGCCUUUGGAUGGGAAGAACAAAGCAGUGGAAGUGAACUCUGUCCAGGCUCUGGUCAAACUUUUAGCUGACCCAAUUGCAGAUGUACGUGCUAAUGCUGCUGGUGCCCUGAUGACUAUAACUAUAACCACAAAAGGGAAGUACACAGCAAUCAAUGAUGCUAAGGCAAUAGAACCUCUAGUAAAAUUGGUGGAUGAUGAUACCAGCGAGGUGCGACUUAACGCUUUAAAGGCUCUCACCUGUUUGUCUGAAGCUCCUGAGGGGAGGAAGGUUUUACUGAAUCAUGUUGAAAAGAUCAAAGCUAGAAUGUUGGACCCCAUACCUGCUGUCGUCAAGGCAGCCACUAUUGCUGUCAAGGUCAUCACUUGGAAACCAUGAAAACAAACCAGUCAUCACAAAAUCAGGAACUACAAAUGAUUUGUACUAAUGUCUACUUGUACACCACUAGUGGUAAAUUAGAUAAAGGAUGGAUUAUGUCUUUUGAUCCUUGGAAAAACCAGAAAUGUUGUACCAAAGUCUCUACAAACCACACCUAUUCUAUUUGGAGGAAAUAUUGUGUCAAACUAUCUGUGAUAAAACUCUGAACUUCUGAUUAAACAAGAAGUCUUGCUUUAGAGUAACAACUUAAGGACUGAGCCAUUGCUUAAAUCUCCGUUGAUAUUCUUUUUCAUAAAAAAAAUGUCUUAUUUAUGAAGUGUUUGAUGGAUAUGUAAAUUCAUCUUGUAUCUCAA